AUGUGGCUGUUAAAAUUCAUUCUUUUUGGCAUUUUGGGCCUCGUUAUUGGUUUAGUUGUCCUUUAUAGAAGAUCGAGAAAUUUUAGGUUCCAUAUCAAGUAUUUUUCCUUCAACUGUUUCAUGUUGUUUGCUGCAAUUUACGCUUUGGUGAUUGGAGUGUUUCACCCGUUUGAUGUGGAAAACUGGAGUCGUGCCAAAGGUCUUGUUUACAACUGUUUGGUCAAAUUUUUUGCUAUACGUGUCGAUGUUGAAGGACUUGACAUUUUUAACUCUCUCAGUGGAAAGAAUUUUGUUGUGGUAGCAAAUCACCAGAGUUCUUUGGAUAUGUUUCCUUUGCUAAAGACUACACCGCGUAGAACCACUUUCCUGGCGAAGAAAGAAUUACUAUUUGUCCCAUUGUUUGGUUUCGCGGCUUGGCUCUACGGAGUCAUCUUUAUCAACAGAGGACAUUCUAAGAGCGCUAGGAAUGUUAUGGACAAGACUUUAAAGAGGAUCCUUGAGGAAAAGGUACAUUUGUGCGGUAGAAAGAUGACGAAAAUGACCUUUGUAUCCAUACAUUGCUAUGCACGCUUACGCGUUUCGCAAUAAAAACAAGCUGAUGUUCCAACAGCUGGUGGGAGGGGCGGGGGUUUUGGGGCGGAAUGGGGACAGGGGUAGAGGCUGUGGUUGCUUAGUGGGCUGUGUUUUGAGACAAGGACAUAUAUGUAAACACACCUUUUCCCUUUUUUUUUCAACUUUUGGCAUGGACAAGUUAGGGAAAAUCUGCCGACACCACUGAAAAGAGUGCCUUAAGAUUUAUAGUAUUGCCUAGUUUGAAAGUUAUUUGUUGAAAACUAACACAGAUAUAGCUCCUCAAAGUUGCAAAAUUUUAUGGAUGUUUGUAUUGUGGGCGGCACAAACUUGCCCCCCACCAUACAAACAUCUGUAAAUUUUGCAAAUUUGUGGAGCUUUAUCUUCACUUGCUUAACCCUUUAAGUCCCAAAAGUGACCAACAUCAAUUUUCUCCUAAUGAUAUCCAUACAAUGUCAAGCGAUUAGGUUGUGAGAAUUAAUUAAAUGAUCACCUAAGAGAAAAUGCUUUGAUCUUUUCUCAAAUUCUCUCAACUCAUUCUUUAAAGAAAUGUAUAGAGAUCAGUUUGGAGAAUUUGCUUGUGGAUAUUGGGGCUUAAAGGGUUAAGAUGUAUCACUUUCAAAUUUGGCAAUUUUGCUAAAAUUAAGGUGCUCUUUCCAGUGGUGUCGACGGAUAUUCCCUAACUUGUCCAUGUCAAAAGUUGAAAAACUGUGAAAAGGUCUAUUAGUUAUUGAAGGUUAUUUCUUAGUUCACUUUAGCCAACAGCCCAUAACUUAACGAAAUAUUUACCACAUAGGUACUACUUUAACACAAGUUAAGAAGUAGAAAAUACAAGAAGGGGAAAGUUGUGGCUGGAGAGUGACUAAAUUCUCUCAUGAGAAAAGCUGCAAAACAAAAUUUUGUUUAAGGGUAUGAUAUUAAAAUAAUUUGAUAUAUUAAGAAAUAAGCACUUUUUUAACAGUUCAAUCUUUCACAUUUCAAAUUCAUUUUAAAAAUUAUGUACCUUUGUAGAAAUGCUGAUGUGAUCUAUAAAAUGAGCUCAUCAGUGGAAUUCAAAUGUUGUAAAUGAUAUAUAAUUUAAUAAUAAAUAGGGUGAAAUCUCCCCAAAGGGUAUAGGGCUAAUAAGGUUGUGUAAAUUCAAAGGGAAAGAAUGGUAUUAGUUCAAGACAAUAGAGAGGAGAAGUGUGACGUCAUGUUACCAUGGUAGCACAAUUUCUGUAUGACAACAAAACCAGCAACCACGGCAACGUUAAAGAGAGCGGCAAAAAAUAAUAUGUUUAUAUUAACAAUCAACAACUUUACACAUGCAUCAGGCUGUUUUGUACAUUUGUUUGCCGUUGUUGCACCACUAUGACAUGAAACUUCCUAAUUUCAAGAGCCCGCUUUAUGGAGUUGGUGAACAAAUACAAAAAUUGCCGCUUUUUUUUUCUUAACUUAGAUAACAAUGGAUGCGGCCCAAAAGAAAAUUUCACAAAGAUUUGACUAAUUAAAUGAAAUAGUAUAAGGUUGGUGAAGUUUGAAAUAGUGCGAAUAGACUUUUAAGUGACUUUUUCGGUUUGUUGUCAUCCAAAAUUUUUGCUACCAUGGCAAUGUGACGUAACGACUUCUCCUCUCUAUGGGAAAGCAGACAAAAGUUCUACUACGUAAGUGGUCACAGAUGUCUGUGGGUGUUUAUUCUUAUAAUUCUGUUAUAAAGUUGUAAAAAGUGAACAAUGUGGGGAAAUUUUGGCAGCUAUGUCCAGAACUUCAAACUCCAGUAAGGUCGAGAAGUUUAAUUGUUUUUGUUUGCUCUGACUCCAUAGACUCUGGACUGUCAUGAGAACACUUCAGCUUUUUUCUUUUCAGAUAAAUGUUUGGAUUUUCCCAGAAGGAACCAGAAGCCAGUCUGGUACUCUUCUACCAUUCAAGAAAGGGGCAUUUCAUUUGGCUCAACAAACUCAGGUAAAGUAAAAAAUGACUGCUUCUCUAGGAUUGCAUUCUUUAGUUUCAGUGAAACAUUCUCCCAAUAUAAAAUUUAGAUUUACAAUUAUAGAGACAGGAAGUUAAGUUGUUGCUCUAACUCCUGUGCCAUACCUGUCUGGGUGUAAAAACUCAUUCCAUAAACUUUGGGAGUUAACUUCUCCCAUUCUGACCUACUAGUCUCAACCAGGAAGGAAAACAAUGAUAAAUAAUAAAUUUGUUGACAUCAGCUUAGUUGAUGAGGUCAAUCUACCAAUGUAAAGAGUUUAACAAGGUGCCAUUACAAGCACUAGCCCUUUUUGUGCAUCAGGGUGAAUAAUGAAGGCCUAGUAUUUAACCCAUUCGCUCCUGGAGAUUUUGCCGAAAAACGCGUUUUGAAGCUAGUCGAGUGGUUUUCUGGUCACUGUCGUGCUAUAAAGAGCUAAAACUUACCACAAACUGGUUUACAGGUCGUACACUAACUCUUCAUGGCCUUCUGAUCCAGAUGCAACAUGUCAGCUUGCGAAGUUUGGGCAUGCGCAGAAAGCAAAAUUUCGAGAUAGUUUUGGGGUUUAAAAGUGACACAGGAGUCUUGACUUUUACUUUUCACUUUCUCUCCUCCCCUCUUUUUUCGCGUUCCUUGCCUCAUUUAAUUGUUUCUCUUGCUGGGCAUUUAGUAGGCUUCAUUUUGGUGGGAAUAGUUUUUAGGAAAGCUUUUAGGAUCUUAGGAUUAGGUGAAAGGAAAGGUAGCUGGGCAAUGGAACAAGAUUUUCAUGGAGAUUUUCAGGUCAAUGUUACAUGGUUUUUUGCCUCUUCUUGACUCUUAAAACUGAUGACGUCACAAAGGGUAGAAAGGACGUGGAUCCGCAUGGGCGGUUCAGGGGCGAAUGGGUUAAAAUGUCAGCUUUUCAGUAUUUUAAAGGGAGUCUGAGGAGUACUUAUUUGUUUGUUAGUUUGUGGGGGGGGGGGAGAGGGGGGAAAAAGGGCAAGUAAAAGCCAUACUUUGUUAAGGUGGCUCGAUACAGUUUUUCAGGGCCAAUACCUCCCAAGUUUGAGCAUAAACUACAUCGACAUAAACAAAGUUUUGAAAAAAUUGCCACCACAGUUGUAUUAGAUAAAGAUGAAAAUUUGUUAUGAUCAGGGCUGCAACAGCAUCGGAGUUGUCAUAGCACCGAAAUGACGCUAUUACCUAUUUUACUUGCAGCAGUAUAUCUCGGCACUAGGAACUGAACUUCCAAAAUCAUUCACGGGAGCUUUUUCCUCCAAUAGCGGCCUCGAUGUUUGUGAAGUUUAAGCGAAAUCUGUAAGAGCGUUAUCGAGAUAUUUUGGGAUGAAGAUUUCGCUUAAACUUCACGAACAUCGAGGCCGCUAUUGGAAGAAAAAGCUCCCGUGAACGAUUUUGGAAGAACAGUUCCUAGUGCCAAGAUAUACUGCUGCAAGUAAAAUAGGUAAUAGCGUCAUUUCAUUGUUAUGACAACUCCGAUGCCGUUGCAACCCUGAUCAUAACAAAUUUUCAUCUUUAUCUAAUACAACUGUGGUGGCAAUUUUUUCAAAACUUUGUUUAUGUCGACGUAGUUUAUGCUCAAACUUGGGAGGUAUUGGCCCUGGAAAACUGUAUCGAGCCACCUUAACUACAUUCUGAAAUAUCAAAUUGUUGCUGGCAAGUGAAGUCAACAAGACAAGUUCCAUUAGUGCAUUGAAACCUAACUGAUUUUAAUCGUUAAAAACAUAGAUGGCUUAGAGAGUUGAGUUACAUGUACAUCUAAGUCAAUAUUGAAUUAAGACAAAGGACUUGUCUUGACCUUAGCUAGUUUGUCUCCCUUUUGUAAUGCCCUCUCUUCUAAAACAUUCCGGGUCUGAAAUUAACUUUUUGAUGCAGGCACCAUCUGGCGACAUAUUAAAAACUUAAGGUAGCCAGAUGGCGUUAGCUGGUCACCAGGAAUUUUUCCAAUCCUCUAGGCAUAAUCUUGUAUUUGCAGAUUUGUUUCAAGAAGUUACCUUUUGUAUGUUAAUAGCAUCUGUUCUUGAAAUUAGGCCAAAAAUUAACAAGUGCCCCUUGAUUCAUAAUCGUUCUUAAUUUCAAAAUUUUUUAAAGAAACAUGAGUCAGGUUUUGUGAUCAUGACGGCGGAUCAUGUCAAGAUGCAAGCCACUGUGUUUUACCAUGAUUCAUUGUUUCUGAAAUCAGCAAGAUCAAUUUUUUCAUCUCUGAAACCCAUUCUAUAUCUAGCCCUUGUAAAAAACUUCUUUUUGUCACCUACCGUAACUGAAGGAAAUUUUGCAGAGUUUGCGAAGCACUGGAAAAAGUGACCUCAUAAGAAAGAAAGCAUGUGUGUACAAUAUAUGUUACAGGUCAAAAUUAUAUCCAGGUUAAAAUUUUUUAACCUACGUUGAUUCUCAAGUUCCUUUUUGUCUCCUAGCCCCAAUUAUUCAUGAAUUAGGGCUAGGAGACGAGGGAAAUUGAGAAUCAGCCCAGGUUAAGAAAUUUUAACCUGAAUUUAAUUUUGACCUGCCACAUAUAUAAGAUACCCAAGGCAUUGUCAGUCGGGGAUGACUACCAUAAACAAUAUGGUAGCUAUGAAAACAGCCAUACACCUUGUCUGAACAUAAGACAUUUUGAAACACAGAAACAAAUAACUAUUGUGAGAUGUUGGAAGAGUCAAUUUUUAGGUGCAUUGGUCACGUUUUCAGACCCUGAAAUUUUUAAGGUGAAAAGAAGGAGCCGGUGUUUUAAAUAGCUUUUGUUCUAAAUAGUUAACUUAAUUGUUCAUACCAUUUUAUUGUCAGCUUCCAAUUGUGCCAGUUGUAUUUUACGAUUACAGUUCGAUUUUCAACAAGAAGAACAAGUUAUUUGAGUCUGGUAUGUAUCAAAGUGAAGUUUCCUCUUUAAUGUAAGGCAAUGUAGUUUUCAGUCUUCUUAUUACAUUACAUGCUAAACGUCUUUAUUCUGUAAUUGUUUUGUUUAAUCUAUAUACUGUAUAUAUGUAAUAUAUAUAGGGGAUGUUUGCUUGUUUUUGGUCAGAAAAAAAAUAACGUAAAUUUUAAUAGUGAUUAAUAAACAAAACACAGUCUUUUAAAACUCUCAAACAGAUGUCAUGAGACACAGUUACAUUGUAUGAGUAUAACAAUAUGACCACUGAAAUAGUUAGUGGUACCCAAACCUUAAAAAAAAGAUCAAGAUUGACAUGUGCUGUAGAGCAGUGUUGGAUCAAAGAAUCUUAACUAUGCUUUUCCAUUUCUGCAGGAAUCAUUAAAGUUAAAGUGCUGAAACCCAUACCAACUGAAGGAACCACCCCUGAUGAUGUUUCAGUGAUAACAGAAAAUGUUCGCCAAGUAAUGCUCAAGGUCUUCCAUGAACACGAUCACACUGGCAAUGAAAAUGAUGCAUCUUCAAUUGAUGACAAAAAAAUUAACUGA